AUUGUGUCACCUGAAAUCUGGUAGCAGCUGUGGUGUAGAUGGCUCAGCUUCCUCCUGGGAUCCGUUUCAUCACUUCAUUCUCACGAGAUCAGUGGUAUAGAGCUUUCAUUUUCUCUCUCACCUUCCUGCUGUAUGCCAGCUUCCAUCUCUCAAGGAAACCUAUCAGUAUAGUGAAGGGAGAGCUGCAUAAGCAUUGUGCAAGUCAAGUUGAACUUGACUCCUACAAAGAAUAUGCAGCCCAGAUCCAGCCUGUCAAAAAGCCAUUUAAUGCCUCUCAGUGUGGAUGGGAGCCAUUUGAUAAGAGCAACUACAAACAGCUACUGGGAGCUCUGGAUUACUCAUUUUUGUGUGCAUAUGCAGUUGGGAUGUAUUUGAGUGGACUCAUCGGAGAGCGGCUGCCCAUCCGCUACUACCUGACAGGGGGGAUGCUGGCCAGUGGACUCUUCACUGCAAUGUUUGGAUUGGGUUAUUUCUAUAAUGUGCAUAAUCUCUGGUUUUACAUCAUGGCCCAGAUAGCCAAUGGGUUGGUGCAAACCACUGGCUGGCCAAGCGUCGUUACAUGUAUUGGCAACUGGUUUGGAAAAGGAAGGAGAGGUCUGAUCAUGGGAGUCUGGAAUUCCCACACUUCAGUGGGGAAUAUCCUGGGAUCCUUGAUUGCUGCUUACUGGGUGUCCACGUGCUGGGGUCUCUCCUUUGUGGUGCCUGGGCUCAUCGUGGCUCUCAUGGGGGUUCUUUGUUUCCUGUUCCUCAUUGAACAUCCUAAAGAUAUCAGUUGCUCCUGCACACCAUCCAGUAGUUCUAAAACCUUCCUGAACGGUGCCUCUCGGUGCAGAAUCCAGAUGCCAACCUUAAAUGCUAAGGAAAAUGGCAAACCUCAGGAUGCAGAGAUGCAGCAUUUGCUCAGUGACAGUGAGAACAGCAGCGUGGCCACUGGGGAAGGAAGGCAUGGGACAUCAGCCAUCAGCUUCCUUGGGGCCCUCAGGAUACCUGGAGUUGUGGAGUUCUCCCUUUGUCUCCUGUUUGCAAAGCUGGUGAGCUACACUUUCCUCUUCUGGCUUCCCCUCUACAUCACAAAUGUGGAGCAUCUUGAUGCCAAAAGAGCUGGGGACCUUUCUACGCUGUUUGAUGUGGGUGGGAUCUUCGGUGGGAUCUUGGCAGGUCUGAUUUCAGACAGGCUGGAGAAGAGAGCAUCAACCUGUGGAAUGAUGUUGCUGCUUGCAGCACCCACACUCUACAUGUUCUCUGCAGUCAGUAAAAUGGGCCUUGAGGCUACUGUAGUGAUGCUGCUUAUCAGUGGUGCCCUGGUGAAUGGCCCUUAUGCCCUGAUCACCACUGCUGUCUCUGCUGACUUGGGUACCCACAAGAGCCUGAAGGGGAACGCAAGGGCCUUGUCCACGGUGACGGCCAUCAUCGACGGGACAGGAUCUGUGGGUGCAGCUUUGGGGCCUCUCCUGGCUGGCCUUAUUUCUCCUUCUGGUUGGAACAAUGUGUUUUACAUGCUCAUGGUGGCAGAUGCAUGUGCCUUGCUACUCUUACUCCGUCUUAUCCAGAAGGAACUUCAGUGUCAUGCAGAUCACACCCUGUUCAAAGAGCACUGAGCUAGCAGAGCUGGGAUCAGGAGUGUGCCAGUGGAUGGAGCUGCUCCCUGAAAUCCCAACCCCAUGGGACACCUGACUGUGUGUUUGAAGGCUCUCUGGGUGGUGAAGAGCCUUGCAGGUUUGCUGGGGGCAGUGUGAGACAUGGUGAAUCCCUGGAGCUCUGAUUUUUGCACAUGAAUAAUACCUCAGGAUGGCCACUGCUCAUCACAGAAGAGAUGGGGACUUGGGGAAGGUUUCAGCAGCAUGCCUCAACUGAGCCAAAGAGAAAUACCAAGUGCCUUUUUUCUUUCUUUUGAUAGGAUGUUUUUAAUUGAAACUAUGAACUGUGUAAUUGCCAACUAUCAAGGCAAAGCUAGAGCAGGAGGAAGUUGAAAUUUCAACAGUCUGUGAGUGACUGUGCCAGGGUCAGUGAGCAAUGUGUCUCUUAUGUCAUCUGUGUACACUGAGAGCAUCACUUUAUAGAGGACAAUAUCAGCUGGCUAUGAAGAUGUGCUGCCAUUAGGGUUUGAAGCUGCUCACACAAUAAUCACCUGGCUGUGUUAUGAGUGCUUAGCUACAGUUCUACUUCCCAAGGACAGCAUCCAGCCUUUUGGUAGGUUAGAAAAUAGAAUUUACUCUUGCUGUGUACUGCAGUUAGCAGUUUUCACAGAUCCUCUGGAUGGAUGUUAGUCCUCCAUUAGGAUGAUGCAAAAAAAAUUAAAAAAAAAAGAGUCCUGAGUAACAAAAAGCAGUUUAUGAGUCAGAAUUUCCAGUGGGGGCUCUAAUGAUUUUUCAGGGCAUUAUAAAAUGGUUGUGCAUUUUAACUUCCCUGCCAGGCUGGGCUGACAUGAGAAGGGUUUCUUUGGGGUGGCAGAGAGCUGUGAGCUGAGCUGUGUGAGCAGCACAGGACUGAGCAGGGGGAGCUGCUCUGGUGCCCACUGGCACAGGGGUCCCUGUUGGUUUCCAAUGCUGGUGUAUGCACGUGGAAAUCAUCAUCAGAUCUGGGCCUUAAUAUCCAGAAAUCUCUCUCAAGUGGCUCUGGGUUUCAGAUUUGGAGCCAAAAUAUCAGAGAAGAAAAAUUACCUGUGUGGGUGGUAGUUUGUAAGAGAACAUUUGAGUACCUAGUGCUACCCAGAAAAUAGAUGGUGUAAUGUGUUCAGAACAUAUAAUUUCUUUGUAUAGCUGUCUGCUUUGCAAACAGAAUGUUUCUGUGAUUUUAUUUUGCCUUUUUUAAGAUGUACAAAGUGAAAAGAAAUCUUUUUUUUGUAUGGGGUGUUUAUACUUAAAUCACAAAGAUUAGGUAAUUUAAACUGUGUGUUACCCUUAACUGUAUUUAUUAAAACUCUAGGCCUUUGUCUUGCUCUAUGCUCUUUAAGUUUUGUGAGACAGUGCAAGAGUCUUUACACUUGAUUAGCAAAACACUUCAAAAGCCCUGCAAAAUAUUCAGGAAUGUCCCAUCAGCUGCUGCUAACACGUAAUUUCCAGGGCUGUUUUGUACCUGCUCAGUCUUUG